ACUCAUAGCCCUUGCUAUAACGUAUCCUUGCUGUUCUUAGUUACACCGUUGAGACUCAGACGUCUGAGGUUUGUGGCCCAGACAACUAUUUUAGCGCAUUCCAGUUAUUUCUGAAGAUUAAACUUUAGUUGAUAGGCAUGCGUUGGGCUGCUGGCUUACCUCGCUCGUAUAACGCAAAAUAACCCACACGGUCAACGUCGGCUAGAACUUUGGAAAGCCAUAUUAGUUUUCCAGGAAAACUCCAACACUUAGCAAUGGCGUAUCCUUGCUACCUUGAAAUUUGCUGCUGGAACUGGAACAACGUGGAGUAUUGCGCAGUUCAAAGGCAGGCGCUUACCACUCAGCAAUGCUCAAGAAGAAUUCCUGAAGUUCCACACAAAAAUUGCAGCCUUGCUUGCGUUCUUCUGUGGGAAGCAUUUUCUUGGUGGGCGACGUGCCAGCAACGCCCACCACCCCCGUCAGAGUCCUCUGGAGUCCAUUUCCCGUCCUUAUGCCAUAAAAAUUUAGAGAAUCAUUUAAAACAAAUUUUUAAGUCAGAUUCUUCAAUUAUUUACAAGAUAAUUCUUUUGGUACUACUGAUAUACACGACAGUGCAGCAGAACUUUCACUACGGGAGGAGCAGGGCAAAUGUCGGCGUCCCGAUGGGCACCACUUGUCCAGAUAACUUCCUGCAUACAACUUAGUUAUAACGACAUUUGACGAGAUUUCGUCACCUCACUGUGGAUAACCACAGUUGGAGCCUUAGUGACGUUCCUCCUGCUCUGGUCUCCGUCGGCCGGCGUUAUGGCAAAGCCCUCUUGUUGAAGCAUACACGUUGCGCGUAACGUUUUCCUCUCCAAAAUCUUGAACGAUCUUCCAAGGACCUGCCUAGUACUCCAACAAACCUAUGUAACGAGGAAGAGGAGAACUCCCGAAAACCUUGCUGCUGCGAAGCAGCUUCAUGGAGAUCGGCUUCCGUAAGGAAGACUCCGACAUUGCACCGGUAGCGGAAACACAGCAAUCACCGCAGCCGGAGCAACAAGAACAAAAAGAUCAAGACAUGCCACCGCAACCUCAGCUGCAGCCGCAAGCGCUGCAGCUUGCGGCACAGCAGCACCUGCAACAAUCUGCGCAACAGCCGCGUCCCCUAGAGCAAAUGGCGCUUGACCAAAACACCGAGCUGGCAUCCGCCGCCACCCCCGCUGGCGGCAGCAACGGCGGCUAUGACGCCGUGAAACCCCUUAGUCACAUUCGGGUGCAGUCGCCUGGCCGUGGGUCGACCCCGUUGGCCCUCCGCCCGAUCUUGUACUCAAUGACGGUUCGCAAUGCCGAUGGUACUCCACAAACAGCUCGGCAGUUGCCGUCUAUCUCAGCGCCUUGCUCGGCUUUAUCUGCGUACGGGCCCGUCACCAGUGGCGAGCUGCCGUACGAUGAAAGCAUAGAACCACCGUUGACGUCUGUGGCUGCGUACCCCCGCAGUGGGCGUGUCGGCGGCAGCAGCGGUGGCGGAGCCGCCGGUCCAAAUGGUGAAGAUGACGGGCUGUCACAAGGCUCACCCUCUGAACCUGAGCUGCGUCCAGCUACGACUGCUACCCUCCAGUCGGCAAUUGGCUCUUUAAUGGUUACAGAGGGCCCCGCGACCAGCACCGCCGGCGGUGAGUUGUUGGGAGCCGACCUGCCAUCCAACGAAGGUGUGCAGCAGCAGCAGCAGAUAAAGCAGCAGGAAGAGCAGCAGGAAGAGCAGCAGGAAGAGCAGCAGGAAGAGCAGCAGGAAAAGCAGCAGGAAAAGCAGCAGGAAGAGCAGGAACAACAAGAUCAGCAGCGUCUGGCCGGGCCCCACAGUGCCUCUCCCCCAGAGGCGGUGGCUGUCUCUGCUGUGUCGGACAGUGAAGAGGAGGUGGGGCGUGGCAGCGUCUCGUCAGGCACCGCUCGGCCUCAGCCGUCGUCGCCGACGGCGGCGGAGGUGACAGGUGAAGCCAUAGAGGUGGCGGCGGUCCCGCCGGUGCAGCCGCAAAACAUACAGGAGUACCAGUCCUCACCGCCGCCACCAGCACUGCCACAGCAAUCACCGCCGCCGCCUGGGCAGCCGAAGCGAGCAUCCGCCGGCCAAUCUCCUGAGGCUUCCGACGAUGCGGUGCAGCCAAAUGAGAAUGCAGGACAAGGAGCUGGCGGCAGCAGCGCUGAUGGCGGUGAUGUUGCCGGCGCCAAUACAACGGACACUUGCGCCGAGGCACCAGGCCAACCAAACCAAGACCUUGCGCAAAACCUGGAAGAGCUGGUGGCGGCUCUGCCGCCGGGGCCGAUACAAGUGACGGUUGCCGUACGCGUCGGCGCCGGUGGUCGACGACCUAGGGGCGGCGGCAGCCGGGUACCAGAGGAGGACACACGCUCCGGAUACAUGCGAGGUCACGCUUGCGGCGUCUUUGACGUGCCGCGCUACCUUGCCGGUCGGGACUGCAUUCACAAUGGCAGCAAAUGGAUGUCUCGCUCGCAGUUCGAAAAGGUGGGUGGCAGCAAGAUGGCCAAGUGGUACCGGUCCAUCCGCGUGUUGCCUGAUUUGGAACCGCUGGGCGAGUGGCUGGAGCGCCACGGCAUGCCAGUUACCAAGGGACCCGCGCGGCGCAGUCGAAAGCGAGCAGCGGAAAGCGGCGACGGUGAGGAACAGCAGGGGCAAGGCGCGGAACAAGAGGGUGUGGCGGCAAGCCCAGAUGACGUCCAAGGCCAAGGGGUAGCUGACCCCACGGCGGCUCUUCCGGCAGUGCCGCCAGGCCCACCGCCGCCGCCGCCGCCACCGUCGCAGGUUCCGCAAGCUCGGAGAGCCCUUUCCGGGAUGGCAUUGCCGAACGGCGCACGUGUCAGGAGGGUGGAGCCGUCUGAAUCUGCAGCGCUAGACCCUGCCUCUGCUGGCUUUGGAGCAGUUGCCAGUGCAGCGACACGUUCCGCUGCUGCUGCUGCUGCUGCUACUGCUGGGGGCCCGCCGCCUCGACAGGAGCGUCGGCUGCCACCGCCGCUACCAUCGGCACCCCUGCAGCAGGCGUCGGCAUUGGUACUGGAUGCCGCCACUUUGGCGCGGGGCCUAGCCGCCCUACAGAGCUUAGAUGUUGCCGGUGGGGGCCUUUCAGGGCACAGCAGAGAUCAUUUGACGCGUACCCCUGCGUCGGUUCUGAACCAAUACUUGGGGCAAUCUUAUACGGGACAGAGACGCUACCGGCCACAUGCACCAGAGCCGGAGCAUAUCUCAGCAUCGGGGGAUCUUGGCUAUGGGCGCUCUGACACGUAUCACGGCGAGGGCAGCCGCAGGGCCGCAGCCAGCAAUGCGGCCACGGCCGCGGCUGCGGCUGCAGCCUCACUGCGGCGUCGGCGCCGACCGUGGGAGGAUGAGGAAGAGGAGGACGAGGCGGAGGAAGAGGAGGACGUAUGGCGGCAGAGGGAAUCGGUGUGCGAGGCGCCGUCGAGGUUUCUUCCAAGGCUUCCCGCCGAGCUCAAACCAAAUCUGCUGCAGCAACAGCAGCAACAGCAGCAGCAACAACAGCAGCUACCACACAAGCGGCAGAGGCUGGGAGAGGGAGAGUGUCAGCCGCCGUUCCCGCAGCUUAACGGCCACGAUCCGAUAGAUGUUGAUCCGUACACCGUACGACAGCAUAUGGCCCGGCUGCAAGACCCCCCGCCAUCGAUGCUGCUGCAGCAACAGCACCGACGGCGGGCGCAUGCCGUUUUCGCAGCAGCAGCCGAUGAACUGGGGGAGGACGACGAGCACCAAGAGGGGGAGGAAGAGGAGGAGGAGGAGGAGGAGGAGGGAGGAGGAGUGGCGGAGUAUUGGGCGGAUGACACUAGGCGCCAUGCGUACCGCAGCGGAUUUAAUGCAGUCGGAGAUGCCAAAGGUGAGCACCCGCAAGUGCCGCCGCUAGCGAUGUCGUUGCCCGCCGUGGCGGCCCGUCGGCCAGCGUACUACACGCCGCAACGGCCAGUGAUGGCAGCCAACCGUGAGGGCGCGGCAUCAUCGUGGCGGCGGCCCCGCGGCGGGCCCGUCCUGCAAGGGGAGUCCCAGGGGCGCCGAACGGACUGGCCCCAGCAGGCGAGACGCUCUGGAGAUGAUUCCCUUUCGGACUGAAUUAUUUCCCCCGGAGGCUCCCCCGCACGAGGUGUAAAGUGAUCUCGCUUCCAUAGUGCGGCCAAAAAUUGCCAAGUUUGAAGUGUACAUGGCAUCAUGGCGGGCGGGCUAAUUAGUGCAACGCAGUUUUUCAAUUCAGGCCCCCGACGUGACAUGGUGACAGGACAGGGGGCAGCGGCCACAUGCGCCCAUAGAUUGCAUUUUCGGGUUGGUUGCUGGAUCGCCCGUGUGUGGGUUUAUAAUGUUGCGUUACUUGUGUUUAUACCUAGUUUUCUGUUCAUGCUUUUACACCGCUGAGUGCCAGGUCAAAGACUGGCAUGCCUACUUUAAAAGGAGGAAAGAGAGAAGAGAGGGCCAGGCAUGCACGUUGUGCCGCGGGGCGAGUGGGUGGGGGUGCACAGUGAGAACAACAAAACAAAAGAUGCGCCAUCAGCAUUAGGAUUAGGACAACGGCCCUGAGAACACAGGCCGCACAGAAUCGGUUGUCGCACAACGCACAUUAUUAAAACACUUAAUACUGCACCAAGCGUGCAUUAAAUGGAAACAUGCAAGGUAGAGUGCGGCGAAAAGAACACGGCGAGGUUGGUAUGGUUAUGUAAGAUGGAUGUUGUGCCAGCGAAGUUCGCUCUCGUGUGUGUGUAUGCCUUUGUGUGUGUGUGUGUGUGCCUGUGUGUGUGUAUGCCUUUGUGUGUGUGUGUGUGCCUGUGUGUGUGUAUGCCUUCGUGUGUGUGUGUGUGUGCCUUUGUGUGUGUGUGUGUGUGUGUGUGUGUGUGUGUGUAUGUGUGUGUGUGUGUGUGUGUGUAAAAGCAGAAAUGCAUGUGGGAAAGGCUGAGGAGGAGAUAUCGCAUAUGUGCAUGUAUCUGUAUUUAUGUGCGUGGUCAAGGGAAGUGCUUGUUCUCGCAUAUGAUUUGGAAGGGGUUAUGUAUUCAUGCGUGUUUUUUGUAGUGAAAGGCUCUGAAAAGAAAAUUUGUUCUUAAGAGUGGGCUCAUCAAGGCAGGCUAUUUCCUCUUGAGGGCACUGUAGGGUUGUGGAGUACUUUAUAACGCCUGGGUCAGAGCUUUUUGGAUCCAGCAACGUUCAGGGGCAGGACGCAAAACCGCCGUGUUAAGGCUGAGACAUCGGGCACGGGACCGCGUAGAUUACAACGCUGCUUUGCCUAUAUGUAUGUAUGUCCAUGCCGUCGUUUAUGGCCAGUUGACGGCCCUGUUGUCGAUAUCUCACUGCGCCCUCCUUCUUUGUCUAAAAGCGCGCUAUUAUGUGAUUUUGAAGGUGUGAAGAAUGCGGGAUGCAAGCGGACGGAAGCCGCGCCGGCGCGCAAAGGUUGCUGUUGAAGCCCUGAAGCCCGGUGCAAGCCGCUGAUAGUGGCAGCCAGCGUACCAUGGCAGCUUGCUGUCCUCCCGGGGACGCGAAACUCCGACUUUGCGGUUAGCCUACCAACAGCAAACCCAUGGCAUAGGUCGUGCCGAUCCGCAGGCGACGCCGGACGGGAGCCAGCCACCUUCCCACCGCGCGCGUGCCAGUGCACACUCUUGCUGUGUUCUUGCCUGUCUGUUUUUUCUCUCUCUCUUUCUUUCUCUCUGCAGGCCGAUAAUUUAAGGCAGCUUAUGUGUGUUUGCGAAAAAAUGAGGUCAGGUAUCUGACGGCGGAGGGCUCUCUGAUGGGGAGAGCAUAAACGGAGGGCGAGUUGACCUGUAUGUCAGGUUCAAUGUCACAAUCCAUUAUUAAGGCACACGUCUGGUAACACCAUUUUCUGCCGCUGAUGAUUGAGAACAUGGUGCAAGUUGGUCUAGGUGACACGGUACGAAUGGAUGACGAAUGCAGUGGUAAUCUCCGCAGAUGCUUGCAGCAGUAUUUGGCCUGCCGACAGAGUAGCGUUCCGCGCCUGGUUUUAGAUUCUUGCCCAGCAUGUCGUUACCCAGGUUUUGGGGCCGCGAUCGCUCCGGAUACAGUUGUACGGUGCUAGCUAGGAAAAGACAGCCGUUAGAACAUUCGGUUACAUACGCUCGGAAAAGUGGACUGAGCGGGAUUUGCGCGAAGAUUUGUUGGAUAGAUUAGUGAGCUCGAUCUGAUGGUGGAUGGAAUUCAACGACGCCAGUACAAAAGGAUAUCGCUUAGGGUUUUUUUGAGGCCGGUCCUAGCUUUCGAUGGGGACCUAUCGGACGACACUCGGGAUACCCUUAGGACGUAUGCUUUUCUUAGUCUUCCGAGCAAGCUGGCGAACGAGAGGCCUCAAAUCCCGGGCGACACUGAACCACUCCCUCUUUCCAUCUCUCUCUCUCUCUUUCUUAUUCUAUUUCCGCAUAAGAUGGCGAUCUUGUCAAGUGCGUGCGCGUUUGAUGUGUGUGUCGCACAACAGUGCCCUGCGUGCGUGCGUGCGUGCGUGCGUGCGUGCGUGCGUGCGUGCGAUUUCCUCGCAACCAGUCGUUCGGUGCCCGCCCACACCCUCUAUCCGCCGAGGGUGGGGUAUGGACCUGAUGUGUCGCUGUCUGCUCUUUUACUAUUCGGAUGUAUACUUUACAAGGAACCCGUGGGCCGCGUUUAGGAGAAAGCGUCAGGAAGGAUAAGAAUUGGGCUAGUGGUGGAAAAGAGACCGUACACAAAAUCAUGCAGAAUAAGGUUGUAAAUACCGUACCCGUACCUUCGCCGUGCCGUACACAUAAUACGCACUAAAAUACCAUGCAAAGCGCAGCUGCAAGAGGAAACCUUCCUGGGAACCGUGAGGGAAACGUUCUUGUCCAAUUUUGCCACGACCAAUCGCACCUUGACAGCAGUUUGGGCAAAUUUCUGGGGGCAAGUUUGCACCAAGUGCAAAUGAUUCAUGAUAUGAAGGUGGUGCACAUGGCUACGGUCCCCACUUUUCCAUUUACAGAUGUGGGGAAAACACCCGGGUCACGGACUGGGACAUGAAAUUGGACAAGGUCUGGACUCGAUUCCUACGCACUUCCAUGCUGCACCUCUCCAUUUUUGGGCAUGCGCAGGCAACGGCCACCUAUGGGCUGCAUAGUUUUACGUGGCACAUGGUACACGGGGGGCUUCCCCCAGAAGUAAACUAAUGAACAUAGAGGCUAAAGCUGCCAAGCGUUUUGAUCGGGACCUGGGCCGCGGCCGGGAUGCACAUGACAAGAUGGCCCACUGGGGUUCCUAAGAACGUGUUUUAUAUGGCCAUCCAUCUUCGGGCGGUUUGGGGGCACUAGCUGUUCGAGAGCAUGUUAAAGUGUGAUGGGCGUGCUGGGCGGUGCGUUUUGUGAGGGCGAUAGCCCAGGCAGUUUUGACGCGACCGCCUUGGGUGUGUUGGUCAUGCCCUCUUUCCUGCAUAUGCCCUUUACCCGACGUACAAUAUCAUGUGCCGAUUUACGCCCCAGGUGGGGGUGCCUUGGUUUGGGGUAAUCGUUCUAACGCCAGAUGUUCAGCACAUUGUUACAGCGUUGGCAUAUCUCCCCCAGUUGAAGAGGUUGACGUUCAUCCGUUAGUUCCUAACGCGCGGUGUUCGAGUUUGCCUCUGUGGGGAAACCCUGUUCUUCCGGAAGAGAGAUUGACUGUCCCGUCAGUUAACAUCUGCCCAGGGCUGGAGUUUCGACACCAAGCACUCCUGGGCUGUAGGGCACUGCAAACGUCGGGGGAUGUUCUUCUUGUGCGGGAUGCUCUAGGUGUGGUGGUGCAUGCACCCGACCAGGCACGUCUGGCAAUGCGCAGGGCAUGGCAGUGGCAUCAAACAAUGGGGCAAUACCUCCAGCCGCGGACCUCACUAGCCCAAUCCCUUUGUAACUUUCCUAAGUAGAAUGGAGGGCCCCCCAUCAGACUUAAAGAUUUAUUCGUUGAAUUAGCGACUGACAUGCAACUUUUGCCAUUUUCUGUGGCUCGUCGAGUAUCCCACACCUUGUUUAUUGAAGAGGCGACGGGCUCUCCUGUGGUACUUGGUGAAACUAUUCUUACUUUUGCAACGGGCCUUCCAUCGUUUAUGAUCUCACAUACGAUAAGAAAAUGAACAAAAUGAGUUUUGGUGGCGUCUCACGGUUGAUGGGGUGCCUAUGCUAGGAAGUUCCCAUCGCAGGAUUUCGCGACCAGCAGUGUAUGUGUGUGUGUGUGUGUGUGUGUGUGUGUGUUACAUGGUUGCGGGUGCGUGACCCCAUACCUAUAAAACUACCCAUACGAGCCGAAGGCCCAAGGGCAAUAUCUAUACGCCUAAAAGCCACGGAGAACAGGAAACACCGCACAUCAGCCCAGACUGGCGUCCAAAGGGGUAACUGAGUUUCGGUGAGCCCACAUACGUUCCAACAUCCUCGCCAGACGUACUGGUUCCCAUGUCAUGGCCUCCAAUAUGCUCUGUUGAUGAUCGAAUCUCUCUUCAGCACGAAUAUCAUUAUAGGCUGGGCAUUCCAAUAACACGUGUUUUUCAUCCUCGAUUCGGCUAUUAGUACCACAACAGCGGCAAAACCGCUGCCCCCUGGGGACAUGGUACUUGCCCCUUCGCGCUCUGUUUGCCUCCAAAGCCUAGAAACAUAAACGAAACUGCAGUGUGUGGGUGUGGAGGUUAUCCAGUAGGUUCCCUGGGGGGGGUGUCCCCUCGCUGUCAUCACCUCUGGGCCUGUCCUGUGGCACCGGCAGUAGUGGACCAACUCACUCUGUCAACAGGAUUGCCAGUGCCGCGUGAA